GAUAACUCCCGAGUGUAUCGGUAGUGUGACCGUUGAAUGAACAUAUGCAGACACGUAUUUAUUUAGAUGUUUUUUAAUUACAAAUUGCAUAGUGCUUAAACCAGGUAGCGCAGCCAGUUGAAAAAGAGCGCAGCAGGCCCCCGAAAUGUUUGCCAACCUGAAGAAUAAGCUGAUCGAGGAGGUGAAGGCGUCGCCAUCGAAGUUCCAGCAAUUUGCGAAUGCUGCACAGGCCGCCGUGAGCUCAUCGUCGAGCACAACACCCAAUUCGGAAACGAACACCAGCAACAAUGAGAACUUCUUCAGCAUCACGGAGGAGGACACGCCUCAGAACUCGCCUUAUCGCAUCCAAAAGCUGCCGGCCACAAGUGCAUCGGCGCUGCGCGGACGCUCGACCCAAUCCCUAAACGGCUCCACCUCCAGGUCGCGCAAGCUCUCCAACUCAUCCAUGGCCAGCGACGUGUCCUUCCGCCUGCCCACCUAUGAAGCGCCAGCUGUGUACCACUUGCAAUCGGAUCUGGAUGAGACGAGCAGCGAGUUCGAUGACUCCGCCUCAACAGCCAGGCUGGAUGUGAUCACCAAGGACCAGCUGUACGAUGCGUACAAGAAGUCUCUUGAUCGUUACCACAAGUACCGCUGUCGGUACACGGAUCUGGCCAAAAAGUACAAGGAACUGGAACGUGACAGCUCCAAGGCGCGGUCUGUGCUGGUGGAGACGCAAGACAAGGCGCUGCGCCGGAUCAGCGAGCUGAGGGAGCAGUGCACACUGGAGCAGCAGGCCAAGGCGCAUUUGGAGGAGGCGCUGCGUGUUGAGAUGGACGACAUGAGCUGCAAAAUGCAGGCUUAUCAGACGAAGCUGCAGCUGCUGGGCGAAAAUCCUGAGAAUAUUACGGCGGCUCUGGAGCGAAGCGGCCAGCAGCUGGAGACGGAACAGCUCAUCGACCUGGAGGAGUCGGCCGGAAAGUCGCCGCCAUCUGCCAAUGGUAGUUCCGGUGUGUCCGACUUACAGAGAUUACUUAAAGAGCGAGAAGAGCAGCUGAAAAGUGUGUCCGAAAAAUACGAGGCUUUGCGCAAACAAGAGGAGGAGAACGUUCUGCUUUUGGCCCAGACAAAGCAGGCCAUCCAUACGGAACUGGAGCUGAAGGACACCGAGGUGCGUCAGCUUCAGGAGAAACUCAAGCAGUUGGAAUCUCAGCGAGAGUCCCACAACAACGAAGCCAAGGAGCAGUUUAAAAAGCUCCAGGCCACGAAGCAGGAAGUCGAUGCCAAACUUAUGGCAACAGAGCACCUGCUGAACACACUGAAAGGAAGCUAUGCGACCAAGGAGCAGCAGGUGGCCACACUCGAAGCGCAACUAGAAACGAUAAAAAUGGAAAACGAGCAGAAAAUAAUAGAACUGCAGCAACAGAACGAGGAAAGAAAUAACCAAGAAAGCGAUUUGAGCGAGCAACUGAAGAAACUUCAAGCAGCCGUUCAGGAUGCAGAGUCUCAGCUUCUGUCCAAGGAUCAGCUUUUGGAAUCUCUCCGAAGCGAACACGCAGCCAAGGAGAAACAAUUGAAGGAUCGGGAAGAGCAGUUGGGUAAAUUAAAACAAGAAAACGAUAAAAACUUGGAUAAACUGCGAGAAAACAAGGAAAGUAGCGAUUCUCAAACUAACGAAGCACAGGAUAAACAAAAGAUACUACAAGCAGCCAAGGACGAAACCGAAACGAAGCUUUUAGCCACGGAACACAUUUUGCACUCCCUCAAGAAUGAUUACAAAGCACAGGAAGAUCAAGUCGCUACGUUGGAAGAUAAGCUAAAAACUCUUUCCAAGGAAAACGAAGUGAAUCUGGAAAAAUUGCGCCUCAUUAAUGAACAAAGCGAAGCUCAAAGUACUGAUUCCCAGGAUAAGAUUAAUGAACUACGUGCAGCUAAGGACGAAGCCGAAGCAAAACUUCUUUCUACAGAACUCAGUCUGAGCGCCCUUCAGGCCGCACUUUCGGCCAAAGAAGAACAGGCCGCAUCCUUGGAACAGAGUUUGAAUGCGCUUAAAAUCGAAAGUGAGCAUAGUUUGCAGGACCUGCGCUUGCACAAUGAUCAGUUGCUCGAAAUUGGCCAGCGCCAUCAACAAAACUACUGGGAAGCUCAGCUUGGUCAAGCAAGAGAAGAAUUAGCAGCUGUUCAAUCGCAACGGGAGCUACAUACUCUCGAGCUCGAGAAGAGGCUGGAAAUAGAGCGCGAGUCUUUGGCCGCUUUAAGUUCAGAGAAAGUCUCCCAGGAGGAACAGCAUAGGCUUAAGCUGGAUCAGCUACAGCGAGAGAUUCAAGUACUGCAGGAUCAGCACACGAACUCGGAGAGCGAAACUGUGGCUGCUCUAAAGGUGCAGUUGGAGGCUCUUAGCCAGGAAUUGGCCACCAGCCAGGCCAGUUUGAUGGCCAAGGAAAAAGAUCUGAAAGCCAGCGGCAACAAGUUGAACAAGAUGAAGAAGCAACACGAGCAGCACCAGGCGAAAUCAAGCGAGCAAAACGCUCGCCUCGAAGCUCUGCAAAGCGAGUUGGCAGAUCGAUUGAGUCACUCUCGGCAAGUAGAGAGCGAAAAGGAAGAGUUGCAAGCACGCGUAACCGGAAUUCUGGAGGAGAUUACCACCAUGCAGGCGCAAAUGCAACAGGUGCAGGACUCACACAGCGAACUGGAACGGGAAAAGCGCAAACUGGAAUCCCGCAUCGAGUCACUGCAGCAGCAGCAGGUGGACAGCAGUGCCCAGGACGAAAGGACCUCAGCUAAGCUGGAGGAGAUCCAGAGCGAAAACACCAAGCUGGCCGAACGCAACUGUCUGCUGGAGGAGCAGGCGAAUCAUUUGGAGUCCCAACUGCAAGCAAAACAAGACGAGAUCGGCAAGAUCCAGGUGAAGCUGCAACAGGUACUGCACGAGCACUCGAAGCUGCAAAAUGCCCAGGAACUGAUGGAUCACGACCAUCGGACGCUGCAGGAUAAAUGCGAUGCCUACGAAAAGGAUAAGCUGCUGACCGAAGGCACUCUGGACCGCCUGCAAGCGGCCAGUAUGGAUCUGCAGUCUCUUAAUGCCAGUUUAGAUCGAGAUUUGCAGGAGCAGCAAGAACAACUGCUAGAGCUAAGAAUGCGACAAAGGGAACAGGAGCAGCAGCUGAAAGACCAAGCCGAGCGAUGCGCGGAAUUGGAGGCCCAGAACACUGAAAGUGAGACCCAGCUGCAGGCCACGAUCAGCAAUCUUCGCGAGCAACUUGAUGCUUAUAAGCAGACAGAACAGAGCAUCCAGGAGAAGUUGCAAGCCACCAAUUCGUCCUACACCACGCAAAUUGCCUCAUUGGAAGCUCGCUGGAGCGCAGCCAAUUCCGACGUAGAGCGCCUUCACGAAGCCAAUGAUGCCCUGCAGUUGGAGAUGGAACAGUUGAAGAUUAAGCACGGCCAGGAACGCGAGGAAGUGAAGGAGUCCAUAGCCCAGAAAAACCGGCAGGUGGUGGAGCUUCAAGAAGCCAUGGCUAUAAAGGAUCGUCAGUUACAGGAGAAGGUUGAGGCCUCAGAAAAAUUGGCAAAAUUCGAUGAGAUCCUGAUCGAGAACGAGUAUUUAAAUAAACACACGAAGCAAUUGGAGACGGAGUUGGCUGAGAGUGCGGAGCUGAAGGAUAAACUGAAAUCCCUGCAAUGUGAAUUGUACGUUCUUCAGGAAAAGGCCGAGCAGCAUGCCGCCCAAAUGUCCGAAAAGGAAACGCAGAGUGCGACGGCAACGGCAGAGGUGUCCGAACUGAAGAAAGCCAUCGAGGAACAGGCAGUAGAGUUGACACGGCAGAAGGAGCACGCAAGCUUUGUCACCCAGCAGAGUGAUGCGGUCCAAAAGGAUCUUCUUCAAGUCCAGCAGCAGCUUCACGAUAAGGAAAUCGAAUUAACAAAGAGCCAGGAUGAACAGUCCAGUCUGCAGGCUGCUGUAGAAGGCCUACAGCAAGAAUUGACUACUCUUAAAGACCAGUCAUCCGCCUCCACGGACUCCGACAGCCUGCGCAGCCUCAACGAGCGACUGCAGCGGGAACUGGAGGAUCUCACACACAAGAGCGCCGGUGCGGAGUCCAAUAUGCAGCAGGAGAUCGAGGAGUUGCAGGCUAACAACCAGCAAAUGGCAGAGCGCAUCAACGAGCUGGAAACCUUGCGAGCCGGCAUACAAGCCCAGCAACUCCUCGCCAGCAUGGCGCCCAAAAACGUCCAGGAGGCGGCCGCUGCUGGCGAGAAGGCGGAACUAGAGACUAAACUUAAAGAGAUUAUGAACGAGGUGCAGGACGUGACGAAUCGAAACCUCUUCCUGGAGCAAAAAUGCGAGAACUUCCUGAUACUCGAACAGUCCAACGAGCGACUUAAGCUGCAGAAUGCGAAACUCUCGCGGCAACUGGAUGAAACCCUGGUAUCCAUGCAACACAGCGAGGCUGUUCCGGCUAACACGGAAUUUGAAUACUUGCGCAACAUCAUGUUCCAGUACCUAACUGGGAACACGAACAACGAGACACUUGUCAAGGUGAUAUCGGCAGUGCUCAAAUUCUCGCCGCAGCAGGCCCAGGUUGCCCUGGAAAAGGAGCAUCAGCGGAGAUCUCUGCUGAACAAACUGAUCUAGCAUGAACUGAUGGCUCUCUACGGCGGAGACUGGAACUGGGAGCCCUGCCCGGUGACGCUUCUAGAUCGGAAAUGAAGUCGGUGUGAUUGGCCCGAGAUCACAAGUACCUUAUACCUCACCCUAGCGCAUGAGUUGGGUGGUUCCGGCUGAUUCUGCAGGCAUUUCGAGUAGUAGAAGCGGCGGAUGUGUGUGUAUACCCCAUACUAGAUCAAUGUUAUUGUACAGUCCACGAAUGAACUAUAGCUACUUCUGUCCAAAUCCAUGCCAAGCACUUUUGUACAUUUUAAUUACGCUUUCCUUUGUUUCCGGCAUUCACUUGCUUGCGUUUCAUGCCCCAUGUCCCCCACUUAACCCCAAUCUAACCUAAGUGCAAUCGUUUUGUGUAUUUUAGUUGUAAGUUAAAAUUUGUAAAGAUCCGCAGCGCAGUUGGCAUUUAGUUUAAUUCAAAAUCUAUACAAGUACAUACAUAAAUAAAUAGUUGCAAUUCAUA